GGCACACAAAUGUAUGGGCAGGUAAAGGUAGCCUAACAAUUGACAGUGUCACACCUCCACUGUAAUCGACGUUCCUCUUAAAAUAAGAGACUGAAAGCUUUAGUCAGUCUCCUCCUUAAGGACAGCAGGACUCUGUCACUAAGCAAACAGGCUGUCCCAAGGACCGCGAGCAGGACCCAUUCCUCCGCCCAGUUUUCCUUAAGGUAGCCUGGGAUAAAUUACUGAACAGUACUGCACAAGGAACAUGUGCCCAGAAACCGGCUCAUUUCGAUGUAGGGGCAGUAUCCUUGUGCAGGCACCACGUUCCCCUCCGGACCGUCCUUACCCGCCCGUCGAAGGAGAGCCCGCAUCACCCAGAGGAGAAGCGGGCUCCGGUCAGAGACAGCUCCCGACACUUCCCCACUCCUUAAGUUUUAACUGAAAACACGCAGGUUGGGAGGGAAAGGCAGAGGCUGCCACCCGUGCCGCGACAAACACCCCGACCCUCCUCGCCCGGGCCCGCCGCCGGGCGCUGCUGGCGGAUGCGAGGCGCGGGGGCGGCCCCUCCCAGCGCCCGCCCGCCCCCUGCCCUUUGCCCCGCCGCUGUCCCAGCGCUUCCUGUUCCCAACCACGUGGGCAGCGGGAUGGCGGGCGGCGCGGCGGGCGAGGCGCAGUGCCUGAGCUACACGGGCUGCAACUUCCUGCGGCAGCGCCUGGUGCUGGCCACGCUCAGCGGGCGCCCGCUGAAGAUCCGCAAGAUCCGCUCCAAGGAGGAGGACCCCGGCCUCCGCGAUUUUGAAGCAAGUUUUAUUCGCCUCAUUGACAAAGUGACCAAUGGCUCACGGAUUGAAAUAAACCAAACAGGUACUACCUUGUAUUAUCAGCCUGGUCUUCUGUAUGGAGGCUCACUGGAACACGACUGCAGCCCCAGUCGUGGUAUUGGCUACUAUUUGGAGAGUCUGCUCUGCUUGGCACCCUUCAUGAAGCAUCCAUUGAAGAUUGUUUUGAGGGGAGUAACAAAUGAUCAAAUAGAUCCUUCGGUUGAUGUCCUUAAGGCAACAGCUCUACCCCUUCUGAAAAAGUUUGGAAUUGAUGGUGAAAGUCUGGAAAUCAAGAUCAACCGAAGAGGAAUGGCUCCCAAAGGGGGUGGAGAGAUCGUGUUUACUUGCCCAGUGAGAAAGGUCCUGCAGCCUGUUCAGUUCACAGACCCUGGAAAAAUCAAGCGCAUCAGAGGAACUGCAUACUCUGUCCGAGUGUCACCACAGAUGGCAAACAGAAUGGUGGAAUCUGCAAGGGGCAUCCUGAAUAAAUUCCUCCCAGACAUCUAUAUCUACACAGAUCAUAUGAAGGGGGCCAACUCUGGAAAAUCACCAGGUUUUGGCAUGUGCCUUACUGCAGAAACCAUCAAUGGCACUAUUCUCAGUGCUGAGCUAGCCUCAAACCCUCAGGGCCAGGGAGCAGCUGUGCUUCCUGAGGAACUGGGCCAGAAUUGUGCUAAGCUGCUGCUUGAGGAGAUCUACAGAGGAGGCUGUGUAGAUUCAACAAAUCAGAGCCUUGCUCUGCUCCUUAUGACCCUUGGACAGCGGGAUGUUUCCAAAGUCCUGUUGGGACCUCUGUCUCCAUACACAAUCAAGUUUCUGCGACACCUCAGAAGCUUCUUCCAGAUCAUGUUUAAAAUUGAAACAAAGACUACUGAAGAAGAGCACACUGGUGGGGAGAAAGUCUUAAUGACAUGUGUUGGCAUUGGAUUUUCCAACCUCAGUAAAACUAUAAGAUAAAAAACAUAUACAGACUUCAUGGAAGACAGAAAAUGCUGCAAAGAGCUAAUAAAACCUACCUGUCUAUGUACUUAUUCUGGCAUAGGGAGACCUGUGAUGAUUCCAAUGUGGGUGUACCCAAGCUCACUGCAUGUAAACAAUAAACCUGACUUUAGACUAUUUAGAUCUGUGCUAUUUAUAAAUGCAAUGCCAGUAUUCUGUGCUGUUUGGAGUGGCUCUCUGGAGCCUCAGCUGACUUGGGACUCUUCGCACUGCAUUUCACUGAAUGGGACACAAGUGCUUCAUGUCACUGUGCUCUCAAGCCUUAAUGAGGUGAGUGUUCUGGUUUUGUGUAUUUACUGAUUUCACUGGUAGCUUUUUCUGAAAGGUUUAGGUAGAGAGGGAAAACAGAAUUGACCAAAACAAGCUUUGUAUUGCAAAACAAAUGAUCACAGUGGAAAUAUUAGAUUCUUGAGGUAACUGCAGAGAGAAUAUUGGCAUGAAAAUUGAAGUAAAGGUGUGACAGCAAUUCUUUGUUUAUACAUUUCAUGUAUAUAGAAUUUGUCAGAUGCUCCAUCCUGUUUGCAUUUAUUAAAUUCACAGAAUCACAAAAUAGCCUGAGUCAGAAAGAACGCAGGAGGACUACUGAGUACAACUCUUAAGUGAAUGGACUGUACAGGGAUGAAACCCAUGACCUUGGCAUUAUUAGCACCGUCCUUUAACCAGCUGAGCUCAUCUCAGGGUUGCUGUUUCACAGGAAGAAUAAAAUAUCUGUCUUUUACUUUUCCUAUUGUUAGAAUACUACAGAAGAGAUCACAGCCUAUACUGACUUAUUUUAGUCUCUUUUGCAAAGAUGGGCAUAGGAGGAGAAAUCUCCAUGGCAGCUUUUGACUCAUCACAUGUACUCUUUUUAGAUUUGUUUGGCAUGUUAUACACUUGGUUCACAAUUAGUUGUGAGUAGUAGCAAAAAAAGCUAUAGGCUUUGAGAAAGAAGAAUAUAUUCAGAAUAUUCAUCAUCAUAUUUUGUGCCUCUGCUCCCUUUUUAAAUGCCAGUAAUGCUGUUUGGGCCGUAUGCUUGGAUUGACAGAUGCAAAAAAGUUUCUACGAGGUUGUAAAUAUUUACCCAUGAAUGCUUCUGGUAGAUUCCAGGCAAACCUGGUGAAGUUAAUGCUGAACUCAUGACACAAGGGAAGAAAUUUAUAUUUGACUUCAGACUAUACUUGUGUCUGGAGAAAAAUAAAACGGUCUCAAAAGCUGGUAUAUAGAGAGAGCAGAUACUAGUGACUGUGUUAAAAUGGUUUUACAAACUUUAUUUGAUGCCACUGUAAAGUGGGCAUUACUUCUGUAGUACAAAGACUAUAUAUUAGGCCCAAAAGGAUUUUCACAAAGGCUUGGUAUUUGCUUAGUAUUUUGUUAACUUUGGCAGGCUGUGUGAGUAGUUUUUUGCUGUAUUUUGUUCUUGUUGCAAUCUGUCAGACAUGAUUUGAAAAAAUAAAGUAUUUAUUUCCUAAAUAAGAUUUUAUUUCCCUUUAAAGCAAAACAGACAAUAACUGGAAAAAGAAGCCUGGAAGUCUUUCCUGAGCCCUUCAUGGCAAUCUUGAACUGAUACAUCAAAAAAAACCAUCUUUGGGAGCUGCCAGAGAGGGAGGAAGGGAAAGGGUGAAGCCAUUCUUAUAUCUUACUAGCUUUUCAAAAUUUGACUUGCAGCUAAGGAAAUCCUAAAUAAAACAAUAGAAAAUGAAAUAAAAUAACUUGACUAUAUUUUUUUACAUUUCAAGUGAGAAAAAGGUAUGUAGGCCUGAAAAAAUUUUCCUUGCUCCCCUCUGUCACUAUGUAAUGAAAAAACUAGAAACAUUAUGAAUUCAAAUUACCCAAAAUACAAGGUGCCACUGAUCCCAAAAGGUGACAUGUACAAACUAAGAUUAAAAGCCAAUAGAAUAAAGAUAUAAAACUUAAUUAAAGAUU